AAUAACUCAACACAAAGAGCUCAAAUAGUGUCAAGCAAGUGCCGAUACAAAAAGUUCGAUCGUCGAUGGUGCCAUUUGAAAGAUGAGGGUGAGACUGAGUCAGUACUCUGAUCCCUAACCUGUACUAGAGUAUCCAGAAACCUGUAACCUUAACGCUUUUGGUUUGGCACCACCCAAUCUUUUCGAUUUCGGCUUUGGCACCAAAAGAUGAUGAUGCAAAGCAACGGCGACAUCCAUUCUGAUUCUCAACUCGUGCCAUACAUGUAAUAUAGUAGAUUAGAAGAUAGAAGAACGAUGCCUCUUGCUACUGCUUCUACUGCCAGCAGUUACAUUUCCAUUCGGGAUGAUGCACGGUCACUGAGUCGUAACGAACGAGCCUUUACGCGAGAAUGUGCGCUUCGAACCAAGGCGCUGCGUUUGGAUGGUCGAACGUCGGAACAGGUCCGACCUGUGCGCUUGCAUAUGGGUCGUUGGGACCAUGGCGCCGAGUGCACGGUGGAAUGGGGAAACACACGAGUCACAUCGCUCUGUACAGCCGAGCUGGUGAGACCCAAUCUAGAUCGACCCAAUGAGGGCCAACUGGUCAUUUCAGUGGAUCUCUCUCCCAGUGCGUCUCCUUCCUUUCGUCAGGCGCCUCCGUUUACCACGGGAGCUGGAAUUGCGGGUGGCGGCCAGGGACCCAAUUACGCCGGCAACAAUCAACGCUUACAAGCCAACCGCAUUCUUCGCUGCUUGGAAAAAAUUGUAUUGACGGGAGGAACCUUGGAUGUGGAAGCCUUGUGUCUGGUUCCAGCGCAGUGGGUCUGGAGAUUCCAUCUGGCUCUCACCAUUUUGGAUGAUGCGGGAAAUCCAAUGGAUGCUGCCGUCAUGGCAGCCAUUGCUUCCCUGAGACACUACCGAAAACCUCAUGUGGAUUUAGAUGCUCAUGCUGGUGGUGGAGAUGACAGCAAUGAUCCUGCAUUGGCCAGUGCUCCAAUACUCAUUCCAUCCCAUCUCAAGGAACCCACUCCUCUACCACUACACCAUACGCCACUGGCCAUUUCCUUUGCCUUUAUUCCUCUGGAAGAUGGUAGCAACCUCAGUACGGCGGCAGGUGUCGUGGAUCGAACGUCGUCGUCCUCUUCUGCCGGUGUCGUGGCCGCAUUGGUCGAUCCCAACGAUCGAGAAGAAUUGCUACAAAAUGGAUCCUUGACGGUGGGAAUGAACAUUCACGCCGAAGUUUGUCUCUUGGAUUAUGGGGGAGGGUGUGAAUUGCCACCCACGCAGCUCCAGGAGUGCUGGAAAAAGGCAGAAGGAUGCAUUCGACAACUCUGCACCAUGCUAGAGGCAUCCUUGGAACAAGCCGACAAGCAAGCCCAAGCAGAUCGACUGCAGAAACUGGUCGUUCAGCAACAAGAGACAAGAACAACAACAACCAGAUCAACGACAACUAACAACAACACCAAUACGGAACUGCCGCCCUUGCCAUCGAGCCCGUAUUUUCAACAAUCGGACAAUCCAGGCGAAAACACUACUGCCAUGGAUGUUGAUAAUAAUGACGACGACAAUAACGUCGAACAAGUGCAGACAGAAGCUGAAGAAGCCUAUCGGCAACUGGCAUUGGAUUACUCGCAAGGCUACAAGGCCACCAAAGUCAGGGAAGAUACGGAUCAUAUGAAGCAUUCGUCACAAGCGUACUUCAACCAAGCUGGCAAACUCAUGAAAACUAUUUUCGAAUCCGCCAAAUCUGCCAGUGCCACUGCUGACAACGACCAAAAGGACAAGGGCAAGGCGCCAACUGUUGGUCAACCCAAGAAACAAGGGACCAAAGCAGCCACAACUACAACCACAACAAACAAGACUGGCAAAAGCAGCGAAACACCCUCCAAGAAGGCGAAAGGAACAAAGGCUGCAACUGCUGGACAGUUGGAUAGCGACGAGGAGGAGACGACACAGAUGCUACAAAGCGAAUUCAAGGCAGAACAAGCUGAUCCUGCGAAGCCUGAUGCAAAGGCAAAACCAAUGGAUGUAGAUGAUGAUGAUAUUGACGACCUGGCGAUGGCGAUAUCAUCCAAGAAGAAAAAGAAGAAGAAAGCUAAAAAGUAGUAGGAUAGAGGAAGCGUAAGUCAAGUCUACCCAAAGUCACCGUUUCCCUGUAGCUGCUGGAUUCUUCAAGCAUAAAAAGUCUACAACCAAAUAGAAUCAUGUCUGCGUACUCGUAGCCGACGUUGUGGGGUGAUUUGUUGUUGUUGAUGCUGAUGGUGUCAGGCCCGGGUAGAACAGCAGA